AUGUCUGAGCAAGAAGAUGAUGGCUUCAUGCUUGAAGUUUUCAAGAGUGGUGCUUUUCUAUUCAUCAAAAGGCCUCUUACUAUUGAUGCAGUGAGGCAUAUACGCCAAGGCGUUAUAAGACAGAGAAUGCACAAGCUUGAAAAAUCUACAAAUAAAGAUACUAUUACCAAGAAUAGAAAUAAUAGUAUUAGAAACAAGGGUAGAUGUGAGACAAAGAAGCAAGUCCACCAACUCUACAAUGAUGAUGAUGACUAUGAUGAUUAUAGUGACGAUAAUAAUUAUAAUGGUGAUAGUAGCAUGAAGAAGAAGGUGUGCAUGGAGUGGACGAAAGAACUUCAUGAGAAAUUCCUUAAUGCUCUUAGUCAGCUUGGUGAAGAAAGAUGGUUUCCAAAGAAGAUACUUGAACUUAUGGGUGUCCCUGGGCUUACAAGAAUGCAGGUUGCUAGUCAUCUUCAGAAAUACCGCAAGGAGAAACUGAAGUUUGAUGAAAAGAAACCAUCGCAGGAUCGUGAGUUGCCUUUAAAUCUGUUUCCACAAGUACUUCAUGAAAAAAAGAUUGGGUGUAUGACAUCCUUACAAACAGGCAAACAAAGCAAUACCCCUAUUGGCAUUGACAUGUCAAUCAAUAGAUGGCAGCCAAUUAAUCUCAUGAAUAACCAAAUUGUUAGAGGUUCUUCAAUGAUGAACAUAUCUAACCAGGGGAACAUUGCACAACAUAUUGAGUAUACCCAAUUACCAUCUGGAAGUGUACUCGGGUUAAAUUUGGAGGACACAUAUGGAAAUAGAUAUACUACAACAACAAAUGACUAUGUUCACCAAACAUCGGGUUUUCAUGAUUUUGGACAAGGUUCUAAUGAUCAAGAUUUGUCAUUUGUUCAAAGGCAAUCAUCCGAACACAUCCCUAACUUCCUAAGAGAUUUGGGCAAUAAGGGUCCAAAUUUUAUCUAG